AUGCACUCAAGCACUUUAUGGACGUGUUCACAUUGCGGGAAGGUGUUGAUGCGGAAGAAUAUUUAUUCCCAUCUUCGCGUAGUGCACUACUACACCACCGAACAAAUUGAUGAAAUAAAGGCUAGCGUAAGACGCGAAGCACCUGUUAAAAAGGAAUUCGUAUCUUGCCCACUUUGUGAGGAGCGCUUUGACAAUCACGAGCGUUUUGCGAUGCACUGUCAGGAGGAACAUGCUGAAGACGGAGCAGGUGGAGAGCCGCAGGACUACACAGUUUUUACGCUCUUUUUCGAAACAAAGCGAGAGUAUGACGCGUGGCUAGAAGAGCAACAAGAACAUGGUGGAACAAGUUUUUAUACGCGAGACAGCUCAAAGUCUAAAGGCACCGCAAGUUUAAGAUGCAAUAGAGCGGGAAAGUACACUAAGGAGACCGACACUAGAGCCACACACACAAAGAGGGACGUUCUGCACUGCUCCUGUUUCCUUAACGUUAAGGUAGAGGAGAACGGUGCUGUAAGCGUCAAGGGCUGCUUGGGCCAUGUCGGCCAUACAAUCGAGUCUGCCCUCCUACGCCUAACUGCGGCUCAGCAACUUUUCCUGAAAGGACUUUUAGAAGAGUACUCUCACGAGUACAUCAUAAGGCGGCUCAGGAAGGACUACCCCGCCAAAACUUCGAGAUUGCAUUUUGUUACCAAAGGGGACCUUUGGAGAAUUGCAAAUCGUUUCGGUCUAAGACCUGGAUAUCGUCACAAGGAUGAUAUGCUGUCCUUGGAGCAACGGGCGAAAGAGAAGAAUCCAGACGAUGGCAUUCGUCUCUUCGAGAUGCCUGUAAACCCUACAGGAGAAGGAUUCCGACUGAUCAUCAUUACACCCCAACAAGUGGAAUGGCUGCAGAAAUUCUCUCAUAGAGGAAUUUCGGUUGAUGACACCCACAACGCCACGCGUUACAACCUCAAGUUGGCGACAGUGAUGGUGCUGAAUGAAAGAGAUGCCGGCGUUCCAGCAGCAUUCCUACUGAGCGGAACGAUGACCUCAGUAGAUGUGGAAAAACUUUUCCUCGAGAUCCGGAACUUAGUCCCCGAUUUCAACCCCCUUCAAAUUGUGACCGACGAAGCACCGUCUUUCUACAACGGCUUUCGUUCGGUUUUCCCGAAUUCGCGUGCCCAGUUGCAUUACUGCAGAUGGCACAUCGACAGAACGUGGCAAAGAAACGCGAACAAAUUUGUUGAACCUCGGCUACGCGGCCAAGUGAAGAGGAGAUUAAAAGAUCUUCUAGUAAUACAGGACUUACACACUUUUGAACAACGUUUCGCGGAGGUCCUCGCUUUCCUUCAAGUGGAGGGCCAAGAUAGGAUGGAGGAUUACCUCAGGCGGAAUUAUUUAGGCAAGUUCUACUUGAAUUUAACAUGA